AUGUCAGCUCCACAACCACAGCACACUCCAGUGCCAAUUAACGAUAUCUCCAAAUUGGCCAUUCCUACAUUACCUAGCGUCACCCCACCACCACCAAAGCAAAACUCAUUUUGGUCAUCCAACCCAGUCUUUUCAUACUUGAACGAUGUCCACAACGCCAUAAGCGAGCACCGUGCCAACUUGGGAUUGACCAACCCAGGAACCAUUGAAAACUUGAACAAGGAAGUGAGCAGAGAUGUGUUUUUGAAUCAAUACUUUUUCACUGGGUUGAGAGCUGAUUUGAACAAGGCCUUUUCCAUGUCGCCAGCUUUCCAAACUUCUCACACGUUGAGUUUGGGAUCGCAAGUAUUGCCUCCUUAUGCAUUCAGUGCCUUGUUUGCCGCUGAUGAUUACUUCUUACAGGGAAACAUUGAUAAUGAUUUGAGUUUUAGUGGAAGAAUCAAUUAUGGAUGGGACAAGGCCAACAUUUCUAAAAUCACUUUGCAAUUGGCUCAAUCACAGCCAGCUAUGGUUCAAUUAGAACAAGAUUAUCAAGCUAAUGACUUCUCCAUCAAUUUGAAAACAUUGAAUCCAAGUUUCUUGUACGAUGGAUUUUCCGGAGUUGCAGUUGCAUCGUUGUUGCAAAGCAUAACUCCAAAAUUCGCUCUUGGCUUAGAAGCAAUGUACUCUAAACAACCAUUGGCUCCCCCAGACACUGCAGUUUCGUACGUUGCUCGUUACAAUAACCCCGGAAAAUGGGUUGCCUCGGCCCAAUUCCAAGGUCAAGGUGCAUUGGUUGCUUCAUUCUGGAGAAAAGUCAGCGACAAGGUUGAAGCUGGUUUGGAAACUCAAAUUGCCGCUUCCGUCAAACAAGUUGCUGAUCCAUUGAUGGGUAUUGGAUUCGAGCCAGUUGUUGAGGGAACCACAACCAUUGGUGCCAAAUACGAAUACAGAACCGCUGUUUUCAGAGGUCAGUUGGACUCCAAGGGGAAAGUUGCAGCAUUUUUAGAAAAGAGAAUCUUGCCUACUGUUAGUGUAUUGUUUAGUGGUGAAAUUGAUCAAUUCAAGAACACUUCAAGAUUGGGUUUGGGUUUGCAAUUUGAGGCUGCCGGUAAUGAGCAAUUGUUGUUGAUGCAACAAGGAUUGGUUGAUGCUAAUGGAAACCCAGUUCCUGGUGCUCCAGCUCCCGCUUUAUAA